UUGCAUUUUAGUAUCAUGAAAAGAAGCCAAAACAGUGAUCUCACCUCUUUCCUCUGCAACCUUCACCAGAGCCGGCAGCUCGGCAUGCCCGAGACGCAGAACCGCUGCGAGUUCAAAAGAAGCAACCUCGAAGUCGGCUUGGGAGCAGCAGAUGAAGUUCUAGGCAAAAGGAAAGUCUGUGUGUCCGGCAGCAACGGCGACUGUCUUUUGGAGAGCAAGAAAUCUCGAAGCGAAUCUCCCAAAGAAAACUCCCACACGCCCCUGUUGGAGGGCCCGGUGACCCAGAUGACUCCGGAGGAAGAUUACCGGCGCUUGAUGUCCGCCCUCAACGAACACAGUACUUUUGAGGAGCAGCAGCAGCAGCGUCUCUACCAGUUGGCCGGCGGGAUAUCCGUCCCGAGUCACAGUGAUAUCCUCCGGGCGCGUCAAGAAGUCGCCUCGCGAAACCCCAGCAGCAUAGAGCCUCACCUUUCCUCUGCCAGCAACUCGUCCAGCCAGCGCAGAAAACAAGGACUUCCGCAGCACCGGGAUUCACACUUCACCGAGAGGCUUGAGAUGUCGGCGGAAAUUAUCCGGCAGAAAGAACUGGAGAACCUUCACCGCCAGAGGCUCCUGGCUACCGACCCCAUGGGUUUGCACCCGGGUCUGCCUCCGGACCACCCCGCCUUGCGCAGCCUCCACGACAUCCCGGAAGGACACCCGCUUCGGGACGAGCUCUCCCGGAGGAACGCCAUGCUGGUCCUCCGGCACAACAACGCCCCGCUGCUAUCGCUCAACCCCCAGGGGGUCCCCACCGCCUCCACCACCCCUCCCAAGGAGCAGAGCACGCGGAGGGGCACCCGGAAGGCCGCGCACUCUCGCUGCGAGGCGCUGGGCCAGAGCGAACCCAAAGACUUGUUAGACAGCCGCCCGCUGGACAGCAACCACGAGGAAAUGAAGGACUCGGACAGCGAGGCCGAAGCGAACGACGAGAAACCGGACGCUCUGAAGGCCGAGAACAGCGGCGGGGCCGGCGAGGUUAAGGAGUGCAAGGAGGUGGCAAAGACUGGCGAGGGCACCAAAGAACUGGGUGAGGUGCCAGCUGGGCAGAACACGCCCUGUAGUUCCUCCAGUGUGGAAUUGCCUAGCUAUCUCCUGGGUCCGACAAUGGGCAAGUCGGAGGUCAAACUACUCCCUACGGCUUCCCUUCCACCACCCCAACCGCUCCCGUUCGGUUUCCCGUAUACGAUGAGUCCGUAUUUCCAUGCAG